CUUCGUGCGGCUUGAAAGUACGGCUCUAACUGACGUCUUAUCUUUAUCACCUGGGAGCUGACGAAAGUUGACAACUUUGAGGAUGCAGCCAGAAUCGGGAAUCGUGGCCGACUUUGAAGUCGGCGAGGAGUUUCAUGACGAGCCCAAAAUCUAUUACGAGCUGAAGAGUCAACCGCUGAAAAACAGUAAUCCAUCAGAGCAUCAGCAUGGCUCCUCAAAGCCUCCGCUGGGUUCAUCGGCCGUGACCUCUCGUAUUUUGCUCCGCCAGCAGCUGAUGCGUGAACAGCUUCAAGAGCAGGAGCGUCGUGAGCAGCAGAGACGUCAGAGCUCAGCGUACGGCCAGUCGACUCCCGCCAUCAACGUCAGCGCACCUGCCGCUCUGCCUGCUACCCAGGUGCCCAUGGAAGUCUUGAAGGUUCAAACCCAUCUUGAAAAUCCGACUAAGUAUCACAUCCAGCAGGCUCAGAGACAGCAGGUGAAAGCGUAUCUGUCCACCACCCUGGGAGGCAAGCUUGGAUCUCAGGCAGUGAGUUUGCCGUGUCCCAGUCAGGCCACAGAUCACGGGGGAAUGCCUCCCGGACCGGGCAACAGCGCCCCCAACAGUCCCAUGGCCUUACUGACACUAAACUCCAACUGUGAGAAAGAGAUGGAUGAUGUCAUCGAUGACAUUAUUAGUUUGGAAUCAAGCUACAGUGAUGAUAUUAUGGGACUCUCCUUGGACCCUGCACUUCAGAUGGCCAACACGAUUUCUGUUUCAUCAAACCUCCUUGACAUGUAUCCAGGUAUCCCACCUCCAGGAAUCUCUAUUAGUAACUCCUGUCCUGCUAACCUGCACGACAUUAAAAGGGAAUUCUCUGUUACUCAAUCUCCCGCCAUGAUGCACAUGAUGGAGAAGCCCGUCUCCUGUGGUACGUUUGAGAGCUAUCAGAGGCCUGAAGGGUUUCCUGUGGAGGCAGAAGUUCGGGCUUUUGUAAAGGAAAGGCAAAAAAAAGACAACCAUAAUCUGAUUGAGAGAAGACGGAGAUUCAACAUCAACGAUCGAAUCAAAGAACUAGGGACUCUGAUUCCUAAAUCAAAUGACCCAGACAUGCGCUGGAAUAAGGGCACGAUUCUUAAAGCCUCUGUGGACUACAUCAGAAAACUUCAGAGAGAACAACAACGAGCCAAAGAACUGGAGAACCGACAGAAGAAGCUGGAACAUGCCAACCGUCACCUGAUGCUCAAGAUACAGGAGCUGGAGAUGCAGGCUCGUGCACAUGGAUUGGCUGUAGGAUCGUCUACUCUCUGUCCAUCAGAUCUAAAAGCCAGGUCUGUAAAACAGGAGCCGGCCCUGGGUGACUGCACAAGGGAUAUGUACCCUCGCUCGCACCCCUCUUCUUGUCCAGACAUGGGCCGAACCAGCACCCUAGACCUUAAUGACGGUACUAUCAGCUUUAACGACAACCACGGUUCAGGUGACGCAGGGCCUUACGACCUUCUCGCUAAAACGCACGCAUCUAAACUCAAUGACAUACUCAUGGAUGACACUUCAUCACCCGUCUCACCUGGUGGCUCGACUGAUGGCAGCCGUAAGAGCAGCAUGGAGGAAAACCAACACGUUUGUUAGCACAACCAAAAACCAUUGUUCAGCACUUCAGGUUAAUGAGACAAAGAGAAAACAAACUUUCUUAUGUGUCGGAUGAAAAGUAAUUAUUUUCUGUUUACACUCGUAUGUUAUCAUUGUGCUAACCUUCAGUUUUUAUUUUCUUUAUAGUAAUUCAACCGAUCUUAAUAUCAUAGUAAUAAUCAAGGUCAGUGUGAUAACAAGAUUGAUGAACUUUUGCAUACAUGUAGGUUCAUCUAGAAUAGGAUUUAGCCAAAUUCUUAUAAUAUAAAAGUGCACUUGAAUGUUGAUUUCUUCUGGUUGUACAGUAGCAUAUUAGUGCACAGAUUUCUCAUAUAUAUAAUAUAUAUACAUGUAAAGGAAUUGAAGCAUUAAACUUAUGUAGUAGUUAUAGUAGUUAUGUGCUCAUCUCAAACCAGCUGCCCCAGUACUAAACACAUACAUCAAGGCUUUCAAAGUAAUCCUCAGUUAUUUUCCUCAGCCUCGUGUUGUUUCAAACCCAUCUGAGUAAAAUUUAAAGAAAAACACAAUGACUACUACAGUACAGUUCAUGGUGACGAUGCAAUAUUCAUGAAGCUCAAAAUAGAUACAAAUAACAGAAGUACUGUCAUACUUCUGUUUCACAAAUGAGUCCAUAUGAGUAUUGAGUCUUAUGGCUGUUAUGUUUGUUUUGACCUUUUAUUGCAUGUCACUAUGAGCUUAUGUUGUAUGGAUAACUGUGCGUUCAUUCCAGAUGCGAAUGAAGCGAAAUAAUCGUGUUAUUCGCAUGUAGUUGGACGCUUGAACAUUUUGAGCUAACUCACUUCAUUCACGCGUGAAAUUCAGAUGCGAAUACACUCAAUUUGCUAUAUAUAUAUAUAUAUAAAUAUAUAUAUAUAUAUAGCUCAAAUUGAGUAAAGAGCGUUUUUUACAAUUUACCAGAUUGUCCGACCUCCUCACUCACUUUCUUCCAAGCAAGAUCAUUUUCAUCUUGUUUUUAUAAAGUACAAAGAUCCAGGUGUCCACAUAAAGCGACAACGAUUUUGUCCUCAAUUGUUGUUUCAUAUUUCUGCCUCCGCUCGCAACGUUGUAAUCACGUCACUACUGCGAAUUACGAUUCAUGCGAAUUAUGUGUUACGCAAGUAAAAUGCCUGAAAUGCUAAAUUAGUGGCGCAAUCAUUCGCAUGAUUUCUAUUGCAUCUUUGCAUUGACCGGCUUUAGCUAGCUUGUAGUCUUAAUAUGUAAAUAUAGAUAGCUCAAAUUGAGUAAAGAGCAUUUUUUACAACUUACCAGAUUGUCCGACCUCCUCACUCACUUCCUUUCAAGCAAAAUCCUUUUUAUUACGUUUUUUUAUAAAAGUACGAAGAUGUACAGCUCCGGGUGUCCACAUACCGUGACCGUGAUUUGAUCCCCCAUUGUUGUUUCGUAUUUCCACCUACACCACCUACCGUGAUCACGUCACUACUAGAGCAAGCUCCUGAUUGGUUGAGGUGGGGGCGAAUCUCCGCCAAAAUGUAGAUUUUUUUUUACUUGCGUGAUUUAUGCGAAAUAUGCUGCAUUUACACCAACCGCGUUUCAGGCGUCAAAAUCGCGUCUACCGCGCCUAGUUUGCCGCUUGAACAGUUUGAACGCAUUCACAAGCAUUUGACGUGGGUCAGAAGCAAAAUCCACUUCUUGUGGGAGGGGCAAGUGCUAUGCAGUUGUCUGUUUGCAGAAUGGCUGAUGUUGAUAGUGCAUUUAUCAAGAGAGUUACCGGUUUGUAUUUGGUCACCUUACUGUAGGGGAAAAAUAAACGGCGUGGGUCGAUAAACGUCACGUGACUCAAAAGACAAAUGUGUAUUUACAACUUACCAGGUUGCCCAAUGUCCUCACUGACACUCUUCCAAGCGAGGUCCUUUUUAUUCCUGUCUCUAUAUAAUUAAGAACUUGUGUCGUAUAACUCUGGGUGUCUGCUCAUAGGCAAUAUCAAGCCUUCAUGCUGAAUGAGUGACUCUGGGUGGGGCUGCCUCCACAGCAGCAAGCAGGCUCCUGAUUGGUUAACUUGGCGCGAACAUCCGCCAAAGUUCAGAUUUUUAAACUGUGGCGUCAGCUGCAAAUUCGCGUCAAACGCAAAAUACACAAAAAGCACCAUAGACACGCGAAUGAGGCGGAAACGCGUCUACCGCACCGCGCUAAACGCCUCAUCCGCGCUGCGGGACCUCCAGACGCGCGUCAACGCAUCUUCACAUUGACUUAACAUUGAAAUCACUCCCGCUUGCUGCCUCUACGGCGUCUGGUGUAAAUGCAGCAUCACGCGUUAUGCACAUCAGACAUCCGAUACGCUCAAUUUGUGCCGUGUAAUUUGCGCCACUUCAUUCGCAUGAAUCGUGUCUAUAGCUUUUUUGCAUUCACUUAACAUGUAAAUCACUCGCGCUUAAAGGACAAGUUCGGUAUUUUAGACUUAAAGCCCUGUUUUCAGAUUGUUUAUGGUCAAAUAGAAUGGUUU